AUGAGCUCCACCUUUGCUCUUCAGACCAGCUUCGACGUAGAAUACGCCCCGGCAAGCAUCAAGAAAUGGCGCUCGACGAGAACUGGCUUGCAGCUCACUUAUGUGAAUCAGCCGUCUCCCAUGGUGAAUGGCUACUUCGCUGUGGCCACGGAGAUCCCCGACGAUUCAGGCUGCCCUCAUACAUUGGAGCAUUUGGUGUUUAUGGGCUCAAAAAAGUACCCUUAUAAGGGUUUGCUCGAUAGCUUGGGCCAGAGAUUCUUCUCUUUCACCAACGCAUGGACUGCCAUCGAUAGAACAGUGUACACAUUGACCACCGCAGGGUGGGAAGGUUUCCAGAAGCUUUUACCAAUUUAUUUGGAUCACAUUUUCAAUUCGAUUAUCAACGACGAAGCGUGCCUUACGGAAGUGUAUCACAUUGACGGCAAGGGCAAGGAGAAGGGUGUUGUAUUCAGCGAAAUGCAAGGCAUCGAGUCCCAAUCGUGGUUUGUGCUCUACCUCGAAUACUAUCGCUCAUUGUACGCUAAGGAUUCGGGAUACUCUUCAGAAACUGGUGGUCUUAUGUCGGAAUUGCGUCACUUGAGAUGGGACCAGAUUAGAGAUUUCCACAAGGCCAUGUAUAGACCAGAUAACGUCGGUGUCAUCAUCACAGGCUCAGUAGACGAAAUCGAACUUCUAAGGACCAUGGAAGAGUUUGACUCUGCCCUCCCGUCUUUACCAGAGACCCCAAAUAAGAGACCUUGGGUGGAUUCCAAAGUCGACCUUCCGCUCUCUGAACCCAUUAUAAAAGAAGUUCGUUUCCCAGAUGAUGACGAGUCAAUGGGUGAGCUUUUAAUAGGGUGGAUCGGGCCGCCAGCAAACGAUACUCUCUCAGUUCUUGCUUUGGAUAUGGUGGGAUGCUACUUGGCAGAGUCGCCUAUCUCAUUGCUCAACAAGCAUUUGGUGGAGGUUGAAAACCCCUACGCUACCGACAUUGAUGUCAUAACUGAUGACUUCAUCCGUAUUGGAACUAACUUCUACUUGAGUGGCAUCCCGGUGACAGAAUUGUACGACGUUGAUAAGAAAAUUAAAGAAUUGAUAGAUAGCAUCACCAAAGAAGAAAACUUCGAUCUCGGCUAUAUGAAGCAGAUUGUUGCACAACAGAGAAUCAAGUUCAUUUCCAAGACUGAAGGCUCGCCUUUGACUUUCUCCAACGUCGCUAUACUGGAGAUGGUCUACGGCAAACAUGAUGGCUCUGACUUGAGCAAGUGGACCAAAAGCUUGAAGGAACAGGACGAAUUGGCUAGUUGGACGGCGAAACAGUGGUGUGAUUUGAUCAAAACCCACUUUGUCGACAGCAAGCCUGUCACAAUUAUUGGAAAGCCGUCAUGUCAAGCCAACAAGGAGCACAAAGCCGCAAACCGGAAGCGCAUUAAGGAAAUAAGAGAGCACUAUGGCCAAAAUGGUUUAGAGGAACUCGGCAGUAAGCUUGAAGAAGCUCAAACCAAGAACGAUGCACCAAUUCCCGACGAGGUGCUCACCAAAUUUGGUAAACCAGAUGCAGCAAAGAUUAACUUCAUUGAGACAGAUUCAUACAGAGCUGGCAGUAAUAACUCUGCCUUAGACUUUUACAAGAAUGAUGGAGAAUUCUUCGAAGUCAUCAAGAAAGAUACCCCCGAGGGCUUCCCCUUGUACAUACACCUUGAAGACUACAAAUCUCAAUUCGUUACUGCGCAGUUGGUCUUUUCCUCGGAAGUUGUUCCCCCAGAGCUCUUGAGGUAUUUCUCUAUCAUAGAGGAUAUCUUUUCUGUGUCGAUUAAAAAAGCCGACGGGACCUAUAUUCCCUACGAAGAGGUAAUUUCAGGGUUGAACAACGAUUUCUUGGAGUUCGACUUAGAUAAUGGUUUUGAUAGCCAAUUUGUCGAGCUUAUCACUGUUACUGUCAAAUUCGAAGUUGGAAAGUACCACAAGGCGAUUGAUUGGUUGAUCAAUGUGUUAAAGUACUCCUACUUUGAAGAGUCAAGAGUAAGGGUCAUUGUUGAAAAGUUGAUCAACUCUCUUCCUGACAAGAAAAGAAACGACGAGUUGAUGAUGUACUCAUCCCAAUACCGUACGGUUUAUAAUGAGGCAUCCCUCAGAAAGGCGCAAGACUCAAUCUAUACCGAAAACUUCUACAGGGAAUUGAUGCAGAAGAUUGACGAUGGAAAGUUCUCUGAGAUCGCUGCCGACAUCAACAUCAUUAAGGAGAAGCUCUUCAAUGUGAAGAACGUGAAAUUGUUUUUGACUGGCGGGUGCUCGAAGCUUUCAAAACCUGUCUCAUCAUGGUCAAAGUUCGCUAAGGAAUUUAGUGGCCCAGACCUAGAGAGAAACCUUAACCUCGAUAGGAUCCCAAGAUCGUUUCAGUUUAAAUCCGAAAUUGGUCAGCGCUGUUCUGGUCACGCCUUUUUGGUAACUACUCCUGCGAGUGAUACCACUCAUUUGAUUUCAAUGACACCAAUUCCUACAAAUUAUUCUGACAUUGAUAUCGCCAGAAUUGCAUUGGCCAGUGAAAUCUUAACGGCAAUGGAAGGUCCCUUGUGGAGAGGAGUCAGGGGAUCUGGUCUUGCCUACGAUGCGGCCAUAAGGAGAAUGGUUGAGUCAGGAUUUUUGACGUUUGUUGUCUACAGAGGAGCUGAUGCUCAACAAGCAUGGGAAGCUACAAAAAAAAUUGUGCACGACUAUGCGUUUGAAAAAGCCAACAUUGAUAAUAUUGCCAUUGAUAAUGCUAUUGCCGGUAUCGUCAACUCUCUUGUGAAGGUGGAGUCUAACAAUCAUGACGCUGCUGUCAACAAGGUGAUUGACAACAUUUUCAAAAAGAGAGGACCAAACUAUGCACGGUCUUUCUUGAAAACCCUCAAUACCAUUACGAAGGAUGACCUUGUCCUCACUUUGAAAAAGUAUUUCGUUCCACUUUUUGAACCUAAACAUUCUCUCAUUUUCUCGUGCCUCCCAACGACAACAGCGCCAGGAUUUCAGGAGUUCUUGGAAAAGACUGGAUAUGAGGUUGCUUUGGAAGAGAUCAAUGCUUCUGUUGAUGGCGCUGAAAAAGAAUGCGAGAGCUCGGUGAAUGAAUUUGAAGAUUCACUGGGAUCAGAUUCAGAUGAUGAUUAG